CAUGAACACGCUCCACUUUGGCAAGCCAAACAAAGCGUAAACAGUUGUAACGUUGCAGAUGAUCCAUCAGGAAUCAUUGGGUUGGGUUUCUUUCCACUGAUCGUAAAAUGACAAAUUACAUCUGGCAUCGUGGCGCUUCCUUGUGUCCAGUUGUGAGUGGGCAGAAUGCAACAGGGUGAAUAGGCUAUAUCUUUUUUUUAUCAGUGACGCCACAUUUUCCACACCUUGACUGUGGGUGGCAAUGUCCUGAGGUCUGCAGCCAAAGUCCAUGUUACUCUCAUCUUGUGUCAUUUAUUAGUACUGACCGGCAAGUAGAGCGACGCUCAUGGCGUCGUUUUCUAUGGUGAUUUUAGCUGCCUUCCUCAUCGGUUUAUCUUCUGCUAACGUUCUUGAUCCUAGUGACACUUCCAAUAUACCGGACAAUGCCCAAAUAAAAAGUAGAGGAACUUCAAAGGCUGGUGAGUUUACACUCAUAAGUACAGCAACAUCAGAACCUACCAAGCCCACCAACCUAGCUAGUAGGGUAACAACAGAAGCUGCCCAGACCACCAGCCCAGCGAGCACAGGAACACCUGAGGCUGACAAGACCCCCAACUCGGCUAGUACAGCAACAACAGAACCUAUCAGAACCACCAAUCCAGCUAGUACAGCAACAACAGAGGCUAAACAGUCUACCAACCAGGCUAGUACAGCAACAACAGUAGCUGCCCUGACGACUAGCCCAAGUAGUCCAGCAACAACAGAAACUGUGCAGUCUAGCAGUCCAGCCAGUACAGCAACAACAAAAACUGCCCACUCCACCAACCCAGGUAGUGUGGCGACAACAGAAGCUGCUGAGUCUACCAGCCCAGCUAAUCCAGCAACAACGGAAGCUGCCAAGACCAGCAGUCCAGCUAGUACAGCAACAACAGAAUCUACUAGAACCACCAAUCCCGCUAGUACAGGAGCACCUGAGACUGACAAGACCACCAACCCAACAGGUACACCAACAACAGAAUCUACCAGAACAACCAAUCCCACGAGUACCGCAACAACAGAAGCCGCCCUGACUACCAACCCAGCUAUUACAGCGACAGUAGAACCUACCAGGACCACCAAUGCUGCUAGUACAGCAACAACAGAAGCUGCCACGACCACCAACCCAGCUAGUACAGUGACAACAGAAGCUACUCUAACCACAAUCUCAACUAGUACAACAACAGAAACUGCCGAGACCACCAAACCAGCUAGUACACAAGCAACAGAGACUGCCCGGACAACCAACCCAGCGAGUACAGCAACAACAGAAUCUACCGAGACCAGCAGUCCAGCAAGUACAGAAACUGCCAAGACCACCAACUCAGCAAGUACACAAACAACAGAAGCUGCCAGAUCCACCAACCCAUCUAGUACAGCAACAACAGACGCUGGCCCGACCACCAACCAAGCAAUUACAACCACAACAGAAUCUACCGUGACAAACAUGCCAACUAGUUCAGCAAGAACAGAAACUGCCCAGUCAACCAAACCAGCGAGCGCAGGAACACAUGAGACUUACACGACCAUCAACCCAGCUAGUACAGCAACAACAGAAGGUUCCCUGACUACCAGCCCAGCCAGUACAGCAACAACAGAAACUGCCCAGUCCAGCAGUCCAGCCACUACAGCAACAAAAGAAAGUGCUCAGACUACCAGCCCAGCUAGUUCAGCAACAACGGAAGCAGCUCAAUCCACCAACCCAGCUAGUACAGCCACAACAGAAGCUGUCAAAACCAGCAGUUUAAGUAGUACAGCAACAACAGAAACUGCACAGACCAACCCAGCUAGUACAGUGACGACAGAAAUUACUGCGACCAGUAUGCCAGCUAGUACAGGAACAACAGAAUCUGCGCAGUCCACCAACCCAGCUAGUACAGCAACAACAGAAACUGCCCAGUCCACCAACCCAGCUAGCUCAGCAACAACAGAAUCUGCCCAGUCCACCAACCCAGCUAGUACAGCAACAACGGAAACUGCCCAGUCCAGCAGUCUAGCUACUACAGCAACAAGAGAAACUGCAGAGACCAACCCAGCUAGUACAGCGACGACACAAGCUUCCCAGUCCACCAACCCAGCUAGUACAGCAACAACGGAAACUGCCCAGUCCACCAACCCAGCUAGUACAGCAACAACACAAGCUUCCCAGCCUACAAGCCCAAGUAGUCUAGCAACAACAGAAUCUGCACAAUCCACCAACCCAGCUAGUACAGCCACAACAGAAGCUGUCCAAACCAGCAAUCCAGGUAGUACAGCAACAACAGAAAAAACCGAGACCACCAACCCAGGAAGUACACAAACAACAGAAGCUGCACAAUCCACCAGCCCAGCUAGUUCAGCAACAACAGAAACUGUCCAAACCAGCAGUUUAAGUAGUACAGCAACAACAGAAAUUGCCCAGUCCACCAACCCAACAAGUACAGCAACAACAGAAGGUUCCCCGACUACCAGCCCAGCUAGUACAGCAACAACGGAAACUGGCCAGUCCACCAACCCAGCUAGUACAGCAACAACACAAGCUUCCCAGACUACAAGCCCAAGUAGUCUCGCAACAACAGAAUCUGCACAAUCCACCAACCCAGCUAGUACAGCCACAACAGAAGCUGUCCAAACCAGCAGUCCAGGUAGUACAGCAACAACAGAAAAAACCGAGACCACCAACCCAGGAAGUACACAAACAACAGAAGCUGCACAAUCCACCAGCCCAGCUAGUUCAGCCACAACAGAAACUGUCCAAACCAGCAGUUUAAGUAGUACAGCAACAACAGAAACUGCACAGACCAACCCUGCUAGUACAGUGACGACAGAAAUUACUGUGACCACCAAGCCAGCUAGUACAGGAACAACAGAAACUGCCCAGUCUACCAACCCAGCAAGUACAGCAACAACAGAAGGUUCUCUGACUACCAGCCCAGCUAGUACAGCAACAACGGAAACUGCCCAGUCCAGCAGUCCAGCUACUACAGCAACAAGAGAAACUGCAGAGACCAACCCAGCUAGUACAUUGACGACAGAAAAUACCGUGACCACCAUGUCAGCUAGUAUAGGAACAACAGAAACUACCCAGUCCACCAGCCCAGCUAGUACAGUAACAACACAAGCUUCCCAGCCUACAAGCCCAAGUAGUUUAGCAACAACAGAAUCUGCACAAUCCACCAACCCAGCUAGUACAGCCACAACAGAAGCUGUCCAAACCAGCAGUCCAGGUAGUACAGCAACAACAGAAAAAACCGAGACCACCAACCCAGGAAGUACACAAACAACAGAAGCUGCACAAUCCAUCAGCCCAGCUAGUUCAGCAACAACAGAAACUGUCCAAACCAGCAGUUUAAGUAGUACAGCAAUCACAGAAGGUUCCCCGACUACCAGCUCAGCUAGUACAGCAACAAUGGAAACUGCCCAAUCCAGCAGUCCAGCUACUACAGCAACAAAAGAAACUGGAGAGACAAACCCAGCUAGUACAGGAACAACACAAGCUUCCCAGACUACUAGCCCAAGUAGUCUCGCAACAACAGUUUCUGCACAAUCCACCAACCCAGCUAGUACAGCCACAACGGAAGCUGUCCAAACCAGCAGUCCAGCAAGUACAGUAACAACAGAAACAGCCGAGACCACCAAACCAACAAGUACACAAACAACAGAAGCUGCCACGACCACCAACCCAGUUAGUACAGCGACAACAGAAGCUACCCCAACCACAAUCUCAGCUAGUACAACAACAGAAACCGCCAAGACAACCAACCCAGCUAGUACACAAACAACAGAGGAUGCCCAGACGACCAAACCAACUAGUACAGCAACAACAGUAACUACCGCGACCACCAACCAAGCUAGUACAGCAACAACAGAAGCUAUCAAGACCAGCAGUCCAGCUAGUACAGCAACAACAGAAGCUACCGCCACCACCAAACCAGCUAGUACAGCAACAACAGAUCCUGGUGAGACCACAAUAUCAGGAAACACAACGACACCAGAGACUGGAAACUCCACCAACCCAACAAGCUCAGCAGCAACAACAAUUAAGCCGUAUCAUUGCCAAAACGGGGGAACGUUUACUGAAACUGGAUGCCAAUGUGUCAGCGGGUUUAAUGGGAUAUAUUGUCAGUUCUUAGAAGAAAGCAUAAAACUUGAUGAAAUCGAACGCCCGGUGAAAGUUGAUGUGGUGAUCGAUCAGGAAUACAAGUCAGAGUUUGACAACACCAGCUCAGAUGCUUACAAAGACUUCGUUGCCGAAUUUGUAGAAAAGAUGACUGCCUUUUACAAACAAACAGACCUAAAAAACUUUAAAGAAGUGACCGUAACCAACGUCAGCCGAGUGGUUUCGCAAGGUUUGGUGAAACGUUCGCUCCAUGGAACGGAGAAGCACAGAUUAGCUGCUGACGUCACGCCCAUCAAAAGAGUCACGCCAAGAUCUCAAGGGGUCAACGUCAGCCACGACGUGGUUCUGUUGAUCCCAAACAAGAACAACUCUGCAGAAGAAUAUGUCAAUGAUUUUGAUAUUGUUAAAGACGCAUUUAAUGACUCCAACACAGGUUUUCCCUACAAUGUAACAGACUCAUCGGUGGUUGUGACCAACGUGAAUUUGGAAACGAUUUGUGCGUCGCAAAUAAAGGAUCCGGACCUGGCUAGGCACUACAAGGCUGUCAAGAACAAUAGUGUCCUGGUGUGCGUGAAUCGAUGCAACGCUCUAUAUGACGGCAACAAGCUUCAAUGCUACAACAAUGGCGCAUGCAAGGUUUACAGGGAUCUCGGAGCAGUUUGCGAAUGCCAGGAUUUAGACUCCACUUGGUACUUGGGGAAAGACUGCUCGCUGCCCAUCCAGCAAGUUGCAUUCUACGUCGGUUUGGCGCUCACUCUGGCUUGUCUCUUAGCCACGUUGGCAGGCUUGACCGCGUAUGUGAUUAUCAACAAGAAGGCACAAAUACGGAAAAAAGACAUGAAAAAGGAGCUGGUGAACAAGUGGAUCGACGACGAAUUGGAGUGGUCCCGUUCUGACAAACUCUCGACAGGCACAUUCAAUGCUGGGCACCUGAACCCGACGUUCGCCUACAAUACGCCGCCUCAGACGUCACGGCGCCAACACGCGGACUUCAGACAGUCCGGCCGGUCUACCCCAGACGUGAGCAUGUACAGGCUAGACGGAGCAUCCGGCUGGAACGACAGCUCGCUUUACAACAACGGAUUGCCUCCCUCCAAUCAAGCGAUGAGGAUCCACAGGCCGCAGAUCAGGUCAUCGUGGGACGUCUGAGCCUCGCCGUUGACGGCAUUUCAAGCACCUUGACCACACAUAUCUUCCAGGCGUGCAGGAAGCUAAUUUAUUCUAAUAUAUUUGUUUCAGAAAUGAAUUAUUUUGUCUAUUAAAGCUCUGAUUACACGUUUAAGUAAAGCAUGUCGUCAUUGCUUUAUAUCUUAUUUUUUGAUUAGCAAGUCACAGUUGUAAGAUAGCACUACUUUUAUAUCUUUGAGCAAGCUCCGGCACAUAAAACGGAUGAAUGGAAUUAGAACUCGCAAUGCUGACCUCAAAAUAAAGUCGCCAG